AUGCUUAAUCACUUGCGCUUCGCUGAUGAUGUCGUUGUCCUGGCCUCAUCGUUGGAAGAACUUCAAACAAUGCUCGAACAACUUCACCACACAUCUGCGCAAGUAGGUUUAAAAAUGAAUUUGUCUAAAACUAAAAUCCUAAAUGAAAAUGAAGAGCAAGUUAAUGUUAAUGGACAAAGGAUUGAGAACGUUACAGACCUAAAAAGAGACGUUUACAACAAAUGCGUCUUGCCUGUCAUGACCUAUGGUUUGGAGACUAUGAUGAUGACGGCACGAAGUGUGAACAGGUUGCGAGUGAGCCAAAGAGCUAUGGAAAGAGCCAUGAUGGGUAUCAGUCUUCGCGGCCACAUUAGAAAUGAAGACAUUCGUCGACAGACGAGGAUAACGGACAUCGUAGAGAGGAUAGCUAACUCUAAUGGUUUUGGGCAGGACACUUGGCCAGACAAUACGAGGAAAGAUGGGCAAAAAGACUUCUUUGCUGGAGGCCACGCCUAG